AUGACAUCUUUAACUUCCGCUGACCUAUGCUUCCUGCCUUAUUGCCUUGUCAUCUUGUUGUAUGUUUCAUCACCAAAUUGGGUUGCUUUUCUUUCUGCUACUUCUACUUCUAAUACUGAAGCAAAGGCUCUUCUCAAAUGGAAAGCCAGCUUAUUUCAAAAUCAAGCCCUCAAUAACCUCACCUGGUACGACCCUCCCACUCAUAAUAUUAAUGCCACCAAUUCUUCCAGCAACAAUCCAAAACCAAGAACAAGCCCAUGCACAUGGACUGGUGUUUCAUGCAAUGCAGCUGGAAGUGUCAGCACGAUAGAUCUUUUCAAUAGGGGUAUACAAGGUACGCUACAUGAAUUUUCAUUCUUGUCCUUCCCUAAUCUUGAAUAUCUUGACCUCAGCUUGAACAAACUCUUUGAUGCCAUCCCACCUCAAAUCAGUUACCUCUCCAAACUCCAGUAUUUUAAUCUCUCUCGGAAUAACUUGUCUGGAAGAAUUCCGCCAGAAAUUGGUCUCCUAAGUAAUCUUAGGUUUCUUAGUCUCUAUGAAAAUACUUUGUUGGGGGAAAUUCCUGAAGAGAUAGGCAACCUUAAAUCUCUUGUGGGUCUAUAUUUGUAUAAGAAUCAACUCAAUGGUUCAAUUCCAAGAUCACUAGGCAAUCUAACAAGCCUUACCCAUCUCUAUAUCUAUGAUACUAAACUUUCUGGUUCUAUUCCUCAUCAAGAGAUAGGGAACUUGAAAUCUCUUGUAAUUUUAGCUUUGUCAGCCAAUAAUUUAAGUGGUCUCAUCCCUCCAAAUAUUGGUAACUUAAUAAACUUAAACAAUUUGUACUUGCAUUCCAAUCAACUUUCUGGUUUGAUUCCCAAUGAGAUAGGGAACUUGAAAUCUCUUGUAGAUCUAGAGUUGUCCUACAACAAUUUAGGUGGUCUCAUCCCUCCAACUAUUGGUAACUUAAUUAAGCUAAACACUUUGUACUUGGGUAAAAAUCAACUUUCUGGUUUGAUUCCCAAGGAGAUAGGGAACUUGAAAUCUCUAGUAUUUCUAGAUUUGUCAGCCAACAAUUUAAGUGGUCUCAUCCCUCCAAAUAUUGGUAACUUAAUAAACCUAAACACUUUGUGCUUGCAUUUCAAUCAACUUUCUGGUUUGAUUCCAAAGGAGAUAGGGAACUUGAAAUCUCUUGUGAACUUAGAAUUGAGCAGCAAUCAAUUGCACGAUUCAAUUCCUGCUUCAUUUGGUAACUUGAGCAACUUGGAAAUCUUACAUCUACGGGAUAACCAACUUUCCGGCUCCAUUCCCCAAGAGUUAGGGAAUCUCAAGAAUUUGACUAAACUACAGUUGGCCACAAACCAAUUGUCUGGUUAUUUGCCCCCAAAUAUUUGCCAAGGUGGAAAACUCAAAAACUUUACAGCAGGGGAAAACUAUUUGACUGGUCUAAUCCCCAAAAGCUUGAAAAACUGCACGAGCUUAGUCAGACUCCGUCUUGAACAUAACCAAUUGACAGGCAAUAUAUCUGAAGACUUUGGCAUUUAUUCGAAUCUUCAUUUUAUAGAUGUAAGCCAUAACAACUUGUAUGGAGAAAUCUCACACAAUUGGCAAAAAUGCCCAAAGUUGACAACCCUACGACUUGCGGGAAACAACCUUACUGGGAGCAUCCCACCUGAGAUAGGCAAUGCAACCCAAAUUCAUGAGCUAGAUCUCUCUUCAAAUCAUUUAGUUGGGUUGAUUCCAAUGGAAUUUGGGAGACUGACUUCUUUGGAGAGGUUGAUGUUGAAUGGAAAUCAACUUUCGGGUCGUAUACCCUCUGAAUUCGGAUCAUUGACUGAUCUUGAUUAUCUUGACUUGUCAACAAAUAAAUUCAGUGACUCAAUUCCCAGCACUCUAGUCAUAACUCUCUUAAAGGUAGCAUACCCUCAGAAAUGA